AUGGUGCUGCUACGGCUUCAAGGACCGGAUGCUUUGUCGGAUAUUCAAGACCUCUACGGAAGGAACCUAUUAGCAGUGGCCGCACAAAACGAUAAUGCCUUCAUUGUCGACUCGCUACUUCGACGAUCAACUGCGGAACUGAAUAUUCCUGAUUUUAAUGGGAAUACACCUCUGGCCCUGGCAUCAGAGAACGGCGGGUUAAGCACUGUCGAAAUUUUGCUUCAGCAAGAGGGCGUUGAGCUAAAUCCCGUGGAGAGAGUCGGUCGGACGCCCCUUGGCCUAGCAGCAAUGAACGGUCAUACCAAGGUGGUGGAGCGUCUUCUCGAGCUUCGGGGCGUUAGGCCUGCUGUCAGAGACGGGGAUGGACUGACACCUCUUGCCCUGGCGCAAAGACUUGGGCACCUGAACACUGCGAAAACCAUACGCGAACACCUCUAUAAGAAAUACACAGAGGGCACACCGACUAGCUAG